CCAGCAUAAGUAGUAUCGUCCAAAAACUACAAGUAGAACACUCAAUCAAAAUGGGUAUCAAACAGUUGCACAAGCUAUUGCGUCCUAUGGCGCAGACGCGGUACCAAAUCGACCGUUCCUGGUCCGGUAAGCGAGUGGGAGUCGAUGCAAUGUGCUGGAUGCAUCGAGGGGCCGUCGCUUGUGCCUACGAACUACUACUUGGAAAGGAGACGGAUAAGUUCGUCCGCUUCUUCAUGGACAUGGUGUUCAUGCUGCUGUGGAAUGGGGUACUACCACGAUACUAUUAGUUGUUAGAUAGUAUCUCUAUGUUGACAUGGUCUGUGAGACGCGGUGGAAUAACGUACAAUUUUCUGGAAGUUUUUGCUUCUCGGUAAGCUUGCAUAGUUUUGUGUCGGGCAUUUUCUCGAGGAAUAGACGAGAUCUAUAGUUCCCUCUUAAGUACCUUCAUACUUUCCUCGAUUUGUCCGUUGGUCCGCCACUGUCCACCAAAUAGUGAGGCUCGCAGAUGAAAUUCUACCACACAGAUCAUCCCCAUCAUUAUCUUCGAUGGGCAAGAUCUUCCAGCAAAGCAAGAAGAGGCGUCAAAGCGUCGGCAAGAACGAGAGGAAGCUAGAGAUAAAGUACUAGACGCCUCAAGGAAACUAGGAGACGGCAGAGCAGCUCUCGACAUCAAUGUCCAAAAAAAUGCCACUAAAGCGAUCAAAAUUUCCGUGGAGAUGAUCGAGCGGAUUUUAGCGGCAUUGAGAUAUGAUUUAAAUCAUGCAAGUAGUUCUUGUGAGAUGAAAAAAGAGAUUUAAUGUUUGAUAUUUUGAAUAAUGAAGAUUAGCCCUACCUUUGCAAUACUGGGGGAACCAGUACUGACUGUUGUAAACCGAUGACCACAAGGUAAAAUCAGCCUUCUCUCCAUAGCAGUAUGAUCUUCAACAUCCCUCAGCAACCUCCCACUCAAGAAGUAGAUACAAAAACUUUUCACGACCCUUUUCAUCCUCCAGAGUUAAACAUCGAGUUUAUGGUUGCACCAUAUGAAUCCGAUGCGCAGUUGGCUUACUUAUGUCGUAUUGGCUAUCUCCAUGCCGUUAUAUCCGAGGAUAGUGACCUUUUCGUCUACGGCUGUCCACGGGUGCUCUGUAAGGUGGACAAGCACGGAGAGGGAGAGCUUUUCGAAUUGGAGAGCAUUGUCGGUGUCGGCAACAAACGCGAAGUGCCGGAAUUGAUUCAGAAGAGUGUAGACACUGUACUCGAUGCAGGGAGUGCAGUUUCUGCGGAAUAUAGUUCGCUUCAAGAGGAAGGGAUUGUCGAAGGCGUACUCGACGGAACGUGGACGAAACCUAGUGGGGAGAUUGUUUUAGCAGAAGAAAACGAGGGGAUGUCUGGAGACGCAGAUGCUGCUCUUGGGGAUGUGGAAGAUGCUGCAGGUGAUGUUAAGAGGUUGUCUAGGUUUUAUGUGGAAGAUGCUGCAGGUGAUGUUAAGAGGUUGUCUAGGUUUUAUGUGGAAGAUGCUGCAGCUGAUGUUAAGAGGUUGUCUAGGUUAUAUUUUCUGUCAUCCUUACUCAUGUUCUAAGCAGAAUCAGAGACGUUAUUCUUAAAGCAACGUCAACAAUAUUUAAUAUACAUUUCCAUAUCAUCCAUGUAUUCUUGAAUGGUGGACCCUAUAAUGCAAAGCCUACUCUAAUCUAGAGGCCGAAGAUGA